CUCAGUUUCUGCCCGAUUACCUAAUUAAUUCAUAGAUCCACCUUAAAAACUGGGUAAUCCCGGGCUGGUCCCUCCCUCUCUCGCGGUCUCUACUAAGCACUAGUUCACUUCCCUCUCUCUCAGUUUCUCCCCUCCUUUCCUAGCCAGGAAAAGACGCCGACCCGGACUUUUGGGUCUUUCCUCUGGUCGACUGUUUGAAUGUGCCUGACCCCUCCAGUCCUCCUUGACUGGAUCUGCUCUUUGUUACCUUUAACCCUCCUCUGAUUUAUAUUAGAGGAGAGAGAGAGAGAGAGAGAGAGAGAGCGAGAGAGAAAGGGGCAGUUUUAUUUCUCCCUUUUGAACCGGAUUGAUUUCUGACUGAUUCUCUGGAUUUGUUUCCUUCCUCUCUUGGUUGGUGGGGGGGUGGGGGGGGGGGGGGUUUGCCGCUGCAGGACCAGAGAGCUGAUGCUACUGUCAAAUAAACUGGUUUAAAACGUCGGAACAAAAGGGACGUUGAAGAUCUUUUUUCUUCACCAUCCGGGUCUGUCAAUCAAAUUUCCACCACUGCAGUUGUCAAGUUGGAGCCCUGCUGAGAGAAAUGGACAAACCCCUCUAAAACUGCCAAGACGACACCAACCGCAGGACGUGAUUUGGACAAGGACACCUCGAGUGGAGAGACCAGAACAUGUUUACUCCCCUUUUUCCAUGGUAACCCAAGAGGAGCAUGCACGUCCGGGUCAGGAGCUAACCUCAGCGCUCAUCUCCUGCCUCCUGUGAGAACUACACUACCCACAAUUCCUGUGAACUGACGGCCCAGUCUUAACGCUUGGAUCGAUUCAAAAAAGACACUCGGAGGAAUAAAAAAACUACAAAACCAACACUAACGACACUGCUGUGAAGAGGACCGACAUGGCCAACAACACGGCGGACCACCCUCCGGGGAAUUCGGUCACGGAGGGCAACCAUGACGGGGACUUUGGGGUGACCGUGAUGGAGCUGAGGGAGCUGAUGGAGCUGCGGAGCUCCGAAGCCGUGGCCAAGAUACAGGAAGCGCACGGAGACGUGCAGGGCAUCUGCCGCCGCCUGAAAACAUCCCCUAUAGAAGGUCUGUCUGGUAACCCCGUCGAUUUGGAGAAACGUCACACGGCGUACGGCCAGAACUUCAUCCCCCCCAAGAAGGCCAAGACUUUCCUGCAGCUGGUGUGGGAGGCUCUGCAGGACGUCACGCUCAUUAUUCUGGAAAUCGCUGCCAUCAUCUCGCUGGGCCUGUCCUUCUACCAUCCACCAGGGGGCAACAAUGAAGCAUGCGGCGAGGUUGCAGGUGGCGUGGAGGACGAGGGCGAGUCCCAGGCCGGUUGGAUCGAGGGCGCCGCCAUCCUGUUCUCGGUCAUCAUCGUCGUCCUGGUGACGGCCUUCAACGACUGGUCCAAGGAGAAGCAGUUCCGCGGGCUGCAGAGUCGCAUCGAGCAAGAGCAACGGUUCUCCGUCAUUCGCAAAGGCCAGGUCAUCCAGAUCCCCGUGGCCGAGCUCGUGGUGGGAGACAUCGCUCAGAUCAAAUACGGAGACUUGCUGCCUGCUGACGGGAUCCUGAUCCAAGGCAACGACCUGAAGAUUGACGAGAGCUCUCUCACCGGAGAGUCCGAUCAAGUCCGAAAGUCUCUGGAGAAGGACCCCAUGCUGCUGUCCGGGACCCAUGUGAUGGAGGGAUCAGGCCGGAUGGUGGUGUCAGCCGUCGGCCUCAACUCUCAAACCGGCAUCAUCUUCACUCUGCUGGGUGCCGGCGACCACGACGAAGUGAAGAAGGUCAAGAAAAGUAAAAAACAAGGACCCCCCGAAAAUCGCAACAAAGCCAAAACCCAGGACGGCAUCGCCCUGGAGAUCCAGCCGCUGAAGAGCGAGGAGGCCGCCGAGUCGGAGGAGAAGGAGGACAAAGAGGAGGUCAAACCAGUGAAGAAGGUCAACGUGACGAAGAAGGAGAAGUCGGUGCUGCAGGGCAAACUGACCAAACUGGCUGUAAAUAUCGGGAAGGCUGGUCUGAUCAUGUCGGCUGCGACCGUCAUCAUCCUCAUCCUCUACUUUGUGAUCGACACCUUCGGGAUCCAGGGUCGUUCCUGGGUGGCCGAGUGCACCCCCAUCUACAUCCAGUACUUCGUCAAGUUCUUCAUCAUCGGCGUGACGGUGCUGGUGGUGGCCGUUCCUGAGGGGCUGCCGCUUGCCGUCACCAUCUCUCUGGCCUACUCUGUCAAGAAAAUGAUGAAGGACAACAACCUGGUGCGUCACCUGGACGCCUGUGAGACCAUGGGCAACGCCACGGCCAUCUGCUCGGACAAGACGGGCACGCUGACCAUGAACCGCAUGACGGUGGUGCAGGCGUACGUCGGCGACACGCACUACAGAACCGUGCCCGAAUCCGACGCCAUCAAACCUGAGACUCUGGAAAUUAUGAUCAACAGCAUCUCCAUCAACUCGGCGUACACCACCAAGAUCCUGCCUCCGGAGAAAGAGGGCGGCCUGCCUCGCCACGUGGGCAACAAGACCGAGUGCGCUCUGCUGGGUUUGGUGCUGGCGCUGAAGAGGGACUACCAGCCAAUCAGAGAUGAGAUCCCCGAAGAGAAACUCUACAAGGUUUACACCUUCAACUCCUCCCGCAAGUCCAUGAGCACGGUGCUGAAGAACGCUGACGGAGGUUACCGCAUGUACAGCAAAGGAGCGUCAGAGAUCGUCCUCAGAAAAUGCUCCCGUGUCUUGGACGCCCGGGGUCAUCCUCGCGUCUUCAAGUCGAAGGACCGUGACGAGAUGGUGCGAAAGGUGAUUGAGCCCAUGGCGUGUGAAGGUCUGAGGACCAUCUGCGUGGCCUACAGGGACUUCCCCGCCGAGGCCGGGGAGCCCAACUGGGAAAACGAGAACGAGAUCCUGAACGAGCUCACCUGCAUCGUCGUGGUCGGCAUCGAGGACCCCGUCAGACCCGAGGUACCCGAGGCUAUUUCUAAGUGCCAGCGCGCAGGCAUCACUGUGCGUAUGGUUACCGGAGACAACAUUAACACCGCCCGCGCCAUCGCCACCAAGUGUGGCAUCUUGCUGCCCGGAGAGGACUUCCUGUGUCUGGAGGGCAAAGAGUUCAACCAGCAGAUCAGAAACGACCAGGGAGAGGUGGAACAAGAGCGUCUGGACAAAGUUUGGCCCAAACUACGUGUUCUGGCUCGGUCCUCUCCGACAGACAAACACACUCUGGUCAAAGGUAUCAUCGACAGCACGGUGCUUGACACCCGGCAGGUGGUGGCCGUGACGGGAGACGGGACCAACGACGGCCCCGCUCUCAAGAAAGCCGAUGUUGGCUUCGCCAUGGGAAUCGCCGGCACAGACGUGGCCAAAGAGGCGUCCGACAUCAUCCUGACCGACGACAACUUCACCAGCAUCGUCAAGGCCGUCAUGUGGGGGAGGAACGUCUACGACAGCAUCUCAAAGUUCCUGCAGUUCCAGCUGACCGUCAACGUGGUGGCCGUGAUCGUGGCGUUCACCGGCGCCUGCAUCACACAGGACUCUCCUCUGAAGGCCGUCCAGAUGCUCUGGGUCAACCUCAUCAUGGACACUCUGGCGUCUCUCGCUCUGGCCACCGAGCCACCCACCGAGUCUCUGCUGCUCCGUAGACCGUACGGCCGUAACAAGCCUCUCAUCUCCAGGACCAUGAUGAAGAACAUCCUGGGUCACGCCGUGUACCAGCUCGUCAUCAUCUUCACCCUGCUCUUCGCUGGCGAGUCGAUCUUCGACAUCGAUAACGGACGCAACACUCCCCUACACUCGCCGCCGUCGGAGCACUACACCAUCGUGUUCAACGUGUUCGUCAUGAUGCAGCUCUUCAACGAGAUCAACGCCAGGAAGAUCCACGGAGAGAGGAACGUGUUCGAGGGCAUCUACAGGAACCCCAUCUUCUGCAGUGUCGUGGUGGGGACCUUCGCCCUGCAGAUCGUCAUCGUUCAGUUCGGAGGGAAGCCGUUCUCCUGCACGGCUCUGACCAUCGACCAGUGGCUGUGGUGCAUCUUCAUCGGCGUGGGAGAGCUGCUGUGGGGACAGCUGAUCUCAGCCAUCCCCACCCACCGCCUGAAGUUCCUGAUGGAAGCCGGUCACGGCACCACGAAGGAGGAGAUGCACGCGGAGGAGCUGACGGAGGGCGCCGACGAGAUCGACCACGCCGAGAUGGAGCUGAGGAGAGGCCAGAUCCUCUGGUUCAGAGGUCUGAACCGCAUCCAGACGCAGAUGGAUGUGGUCUAUACCUUCCAGACGGGCCAGGCUCCGGUGCCCGGUGCCCUGCGCCGCCAGCCGUCCGUCGUCAGCCAGCACAAUGACGCCACCGCCGCCAAAACUCUCUCUAGCCCCACCCACAUUAAGGUGGUCAACGCGUUCCGUAGCUCCCUGUACCCGAUGGAGAGCCCAGAGUCCCGUAGCUCCAUCCACAGCUUCAUGGCCCAUCCUGAGUUCGUGCCCCUGUCCGAGGAGGAGGCUCGCACCCCCAUCAUCGAGGAGACUGGAGACGAGAUCGACCCCCUCCCCAGCGCCUCCUCCGGGGCGACGGGAGGAGGAGAGCCGCCCAGCGCUUUCCCACGCAGCUGCGAGUCAUCCAUCUGAGCUCCUCCUCCUCUUCCUCCCUCCUCUUUAUCAGUAUCAUCUGUCAUCCCACCAACUGAACUGUCGCACUGAGGAGGGAAGUCGCUCUGCAUCCCGUCAUCCUGCACACACACACACACACAUACAUGCUUCACAUCGUCUUCACCCCCCUGUCAUUCCUGCCACAUUGUGUCUUUCAUACUGACUGUGGCAUCAUUCUGCCUGUAAGUUUGUUCCUCCACCAACAUCACCCUACACACACACACACACACACACACACACACACACACACACACACACACACGUGUCAGAGUGGAGUCCAGAGUCUCCACCGUUGGAAGGCCCGUCUUUGUCCAUUCAUGUAUAUUUUUUACUCUAUGAUCCUUUUUUGAGAAGCAUUUAAACUUCGUUGGGUUCGAUCUUCGCGGGACUCGCAGCAGCAUGUCGUGUUCUGUACUUGCUUCAUUCCGGCGUGUCUCUCUCUCUCUCUCUCUCUCUCUCUCUCUCUCUCUCUCUCUCUCUCUCAAGCGGCACAGAACUUUUCAAAGAGUGCAGUGAUUCUCGUGUACAUACGCUUUUCCGCUCCUCUACACAGCUAACAGCCGGGGUUUUGGUGAUCAGAAGAUUUUUAGGCAAAUGCAAAAAUGUAACCUUUUUUUUUGUUUGUUUUUAAACCUCUGACGAAUGUUAAUUGAUGAUUCAAGCAUCAGAGAAUGUCUUGUGAGUUUGACACUACAGUGUUCAAGGUUCAACUGUUAAAAGAAAUGUUCUUCCCUUUAUCGUGUCUGUAUGUGUUGGUUUUUCUCUUUUAAUCAGCCGUGUUGCAUGUGGAAGGACAGAAUGUUUACUACCCCCCUAAAAUAUCCAACAUGGCGGCGUCCAGAGAGGGCUGGCUCUCUGCUCAGCGGGGGUCCGACCUCAUCUCAUCCGGUCCGGGUUCUGGUUCUCUCUGCCCCCCCCACUACGUCCACAGUCUCGAUAGGAAAACAGGAGCGUGGCUCUUGUUCUGUAGGAUGCAUGUUGUGUUUCAUUCGUGUUGAGUCGCAUGAUAAUUUAGGAAUGAAUAUUUGGGAUUCUGUUUCGACGACCUUAUGUGUGUGUUAGUCUGCAGCAGCGUCAUUUCAGAGCAACUUUAACUUCCUGUCUGUACGACUGAACUUCCUGUUAGCACUACGGGACAAAAACAGACCCAUCAGUGUUCACAUACUACAGUGGCGGUCUCCGUGCUCUGCGUGUGGUCUUAGAUCUGACUCACCCAUGAAUAGGAGGGAGCUGGAUCCGAUCCCAGCUCUCAUCGGGCAGACGGCGGGUUCUCCCAGUCGGCCUGUGGUGCCUUUCUUGCUGGUGUCACAGCAGAGAACACGAGGCCACAACAUAUGCUUAACUUUCAGCAGAAAGAAAGGAUGCAGCCUUUAACUAGAACCUGAAAUAUUCCAGCUGCCGCUCCGCUCGUCGCCUGGAUGACCUCGACGUUGGCUUCAGUUCAUUUAGAGAAACAAAAAAGACAGAAACUAAAACCAGAAUACUUCAGAGAUGAGGGUUCGUAUUCACUGUCUCAAGCUCUCUUGUCUCCUUCCUCCUCCCCUCCUCUGACAGUCUCAUAUUGAAGUGUGACAACCAAUCAAAAGUGACAACCUGUGACCGUGACACUGUGAGGCGACCCCCCUCGCGAAACACUGCCCCACUGUGCCGCUAACUGUAAUUUGGUUAAGAGUCGACUAAACAUUUAGCUCACAUCUUUCCGGAUUGGACUCUCCAAACUGAGCCUGAACACUACUGCCAUUCAUCCCUGUGUGUCUUCAAAAUAAAAGCCCUCCUUUAAUCCUAGAGUUCGAUCCAUUCUGCUCGUUUAGAUCUGGGUUACAGAUGACCUCGUCCGACAGCUUGAUUCUCGUGAUGUCACAUAAAAAAGGGUUAGACACUUAGAAAGGUAUCCCAGGCUUAUCUUGACUUCUCCCAGACACAUCUCGAAGCUCUUCCUGGUGAAUCCCUUGGUGUUCCCAGACCAGUUGGGAUGUAUAAUCCUCGCAGUGUGUUCUGGGUCUGCUGGGGGGCUUCCUCCCAGUUAGACCAGUGUCCAGUAUACGCCGACAGAGAGGUAAACCACUAACCAGAGCUCGUGACCAUAGAUCUGAAUGUAGAUCGACUGAUGGAUCGAGAGUCUCAGUUGGCAGAGCUCCAGUAUCGAUGAGUCUGUUUUGGGUCACGGUGCAGGACGUUCAGUCCGAACAGACAGGAAGUUGACGGGCCUCUGAACAGAGUCGGCACCGUCUUGUCUGCGUUUGAGACAAAUCUAGGUACCAGUUCUCACGUUUCUCGUUCACUCGUUUGUCAGAUUUUACGAACAGAAAUGAAAUCGGUGACGUCACACAGCCAGCAGCAGAGAAGAUGUUUGAUCUUCAUCAUCAUCAUCAUGCAUCUUACCACUGUGCUGUGUUUGAUCGACAGGCGACAGACUGAUGAUGUCACCAGUCAGCCUGUAGAGUUAAAUCCACCGUGUGUCCGCCGCUCAGUACUUCCUGCCUGCCGUUGUCCUGCAGAUUACUGUCUUAAAAGAGGAAGGAAUCAUCUUCCAAUCAGAAGCAGCGAUGUGUGUAACCCCCUCUUAGUCUGACUAGCAGCCAUCCACCUGUGUGCUACUACUGCCAUAUUUCCAACUUUUUGUCAUGACUAGGUUCUUCCUCUCCCCUCUGAUGAGCUUUUUCUAUGUAACCCAGAGCCAUAUUUUAUAGGUUGUCUGUAUUGUUUUUUAUCUCAUUGUUAUCGAGGUUUCCUUUGGACUUUCUCACCCCUCGACCCCCCCGGCCCCGGCCCUUUUCUCCAAACACGACCAAAAAGCAAGGAGAAAAUCUUCAGUCGUCACUGCCGAACCAAGUUUAAAGGACCUCUACAAUGUUUACAUGAAAAGCAAGUGGGUGGCAGUUCGCCUGCACUUCUCUCAUUCGACCGCUUCCCUUUCAUUCCCUUGCUUUCCUGAAUCUUAGAGUUACUAUUUAACUGAAUGGGGAAUCUUUCUUGCAUGGUUUUCAUAUAAAAUUCAAUGUUUUGCUCAUUUUUUACAACUCUUCUGUAUUUUUAUAUUAAGUACUUUUUAAUACUUUGGAGAUAUAUGAAUAUAUAUGUAUAGGCUGAAGAGUUUGGUGACAGUACAGUACAUGAAUGAGAGGAAUCUAACGUGGACUGUCUUUUUACAGCUCUCUAAUAUUUAUGCCACGUGUGUCGUCUUGGUCACCUGAUGUUAGGGCUCAGAAACCUGCAGUGACUUGUUUACUUCCUGUCGGCCGCUCAAUUGGAAUCUCAACAGUCUAGUCUCAUCAGCCCCCUUUUACAUGAGUAUAUUCACUUUAUCUAACAUGUGUCACACUACACGCUAUGUGAUUUCGCAGUUAUCCGACUCCAUUAGAGUGCAGCCAAUGCAACGUGAAUACAGCUAACUGUAUCAAAUAUUAAAUGGGAGUGUAUAAUUAUUUAUCCAACCUCUGGGUUUCUUUGUUUCUGUACUUUGAAGCCACUACGACUGAUUUCUUUGAAUGAGUGGACUGAUGCUGUUUUCCGACUGACUGGUGCCGGAGCUGACGGCUUUGAAAGAGGAUGACGGCUGUGUCCCGCUUCAGGCCCCGCCUCUGUAGAAAGGAGGCGUGGCCUGUGAAGGUGUGUCUUUACGGACACGAAACUUGAGAGAGCAACCUGAGGACCAAAGCAGAGCCGGACCGAAUCAUUAAAAAAAAUUCCCUUUAGGUCUUUGAAGUGGACCCAUGAAAAGAAAACCUGAACCCAACGAGCUUAAUUCUUAUUGUUUUUAAAAGAGGCCUGGUCCCUGUUUCUCAACAGCAUCUUAAGACGAUCUUAGUCCCGUUGAAGGUCUAAGGGCACCGAUCCCAAAAAAAACAAAAAGGGACUCGAGGACAGUUCGGGCGCUUUCUCAAGCCAACAGUUGGUCCUUUUUAAACCAAAACAACCGGUACAGGCUGUUAGCAAGAGGCGGUCUCGGACUGCUACCAAUCGAGCCCUAUGCGGUUCGGUUGCAGUGAAGUGAACAAAGAAAGCAGGCUACCAGGUUAAUAUGAUCGGGAGAUGACCGACCAAUGUUUCACUGACAUCUGGGCCAAAGAGAACAUGCAGAAUAUGCUGGAUAAAGUCCAAAAAUGUUUUUUAAAGUCACUCAAGAUAAACUGGAGAAGAGAUUUGUGCUCACAGCAGAUCCGUUCCGACUCAAAGCAACAGCAGCAUGUGUUGUUUUAAUUGUUCUGCUUUAAUUAGCGAACCAGACUAAAUAGAAAACAGACCAAAUAGUUGAAUCAAUGUUACUCUGAUUUGGUCCAACCAAAAGUACUUCGGCUUGUGAAAGCGCCCUGAGACUAUAACACAGCAGGGCCCUACAGGACCCGACCAGACUGAAUAUAAUCUGAACCCAGCUCGUCUCGGGUCCAGUCUCGGUUGCUAGAAACCAGUUGGACCCAUGAGAACCUUCGCUAACAUGGGCCACUCUCUGAGUUCCUCUGUCAACGUCAUGUCGGUAUUUAAAGAUGCUUUUAAAUACUGUGACCAGCAGCUGUGAUACCUUUAAGUUUUGGGGUUGCCAUGAGGUUUAAAUUUGGGUAUUUUUCUUGUAUUUCACAGCCAAACAGUUUUUGUUCAUUUAAAUGUUUGUCUUCUGUCAUGGUUAACUGCUGCUGUACAUGUUUGCAUACAGAGGGGGGGUUAGGGGUCUGUCUCAUUAACACUAGGGGCCCAAAAAGGUUCGGGGCGGCCCUAGACCUCAGGUUGAGUCGUCUAAAUUUAGGCCAAGAACAAGAACUUCUUUUUUUUUUGGAUCUGGUCAUUAAAAGGAGGCGCAGCCUGUGACGGGACACAGCCGCAAUCACAGAUGACAUUGUUACACCACCGACUUCAGAAACAUUUCUCGGGAGAGAGAGCAGGACUGUUAAAGGCGCUCGUGACAUCACUUCCUCUUCCUGCCGUCUAAACGAGACGCACCUUUUUCCAAAACGAUGACGCGUUUUUUCCUCUUUGUUUUUGGGUCCAACUGCUGAACAGAUAUAGAACAGCUGUGCUCCUACAGUCAGUACAAUGUAAAUAUUGUCAUAUAAGGGGAUGAAGUGUACCUGCUGUGUGUGUCGGGUGACAGGAAAUAGGACGGGGGGGCAGGCAGGCAAUCAGCCAAUCAUCACCCAGCAAAGCUUUAAGGAUGUUCUGCCAAAGUUGUUUCCUUUUCUUCUUCUGCACAAGUUUGUUUUUAGAAAGUUUGCAGUCACAUGACCUCCUCCCCCCCCCCCCCCCCCUCCUGCCACCUGGAUAAGAUUGUCCCUCUGCUCUUGCCAUGGCUUUUCUGUGGCUGUGGUGGUCGACUUUUGGACCGGUUGCCCUCGUAUAUCUCUCACACCAGGUGCACAGUACAGGCCCGCCAUCGGA